UAAUUGAAACCAACCCUAAGCUCCUUUUAUCUCUGCUCUAAAGGUAGCUCCGAUUAUUGCUGACUUAAGCAUUGGAGUGUCUACCCCGAGGACCCAUCUCGGGGCUUUGCAGGUUCAUCCGAAGUGAAGACGCAGACUGAAGAAGGACUCUUGGUUUGGUGCAAUUACAUUUGGCGCCGUUUGUGGGAAUCCGAACUGAAAGCUUUCUUGUUGCUCUUUCAUGAUGGUUAAUACUCGGUCAGUCCGAGUUGGAAACUUGUCUCAGCCUCUUGGACAAGGUCAAGUCCCCAGCAACCUCCCACCUCAGCUUCCACCUCAGCUCCCACCUCAGCUUCCACCUCAGCUUCCACCUCAGAUACCAAAUGCGUUCCCUCCUGUUGAUCAUGUAGAAGGAGGAGAUGAAAACCAACCACACAAUUCGGCUCAUAACUCAGCCUCUACUGCCAACCAAGACUUCUUAGCCAGGAACAACCCUGGUGAUCCCUUCAUCCAUCUACUUAACCCUGCUUCACAACCCCCAGCUCCACAACAAAAUCCUGAACCAGUUCAGCAUGCUCCCGCUCUUAGUGAAUCUCAGGGCCAAUCUCACAUCGCACCAGUUCAGCAACCCCUUCAUGAUGAUGUCACUCGACGUCUAGAUAGCUUAGAAAAGCUAGUGGCUGAACAGCGAGGUGCCCCACCUCUACACCAUGCUGCUGGCUCCAUAUCCCACCCUCUGAACACCAACAUCACACUGGAACCCUACCCCGCUGGCUUCAGGAUACCACAACUUGAAACUUAUGAUGGGACGAAAGAUCCCGAUGAUCAUCUACAUGCUUUCUACUCUUGCAUGCAAGCCCAGAAUGCCUCUGACGCGUUGAUAUUCAAUGAUGCAGUACUGAAAGUUAACUCCUUCGACCAGGCUGUGGGAAUUACAAUUGUGAUCUCAGGUCUUAACCAUGAGAGAUUCAGAGAUAGUUUGCUCAAACACCUUGCCACCACCUUUAGCGAGGUGAAUAAUGUGUCUUUGAAAUUCAUAACUGCUGAGGAAUAUGCCCUGUCACAGAACCCAGCUCCCUCUAAGAACCAAAACUUGGAUUGGAGAGAUGAGAAUCCAAGCAGGAAACGGAUGAGGGCAGCACAGAACCGAGGUCCGAUGUCGACCUCCACACUGAGAUUCGGAAGGCCGAACUUAGCACCUCCACAACAGUCUGCAGGUAAACCCCCAGUCACUUGGACCCCUUUUAACUUACCAAGGUCACAAAUCUUCAUGCAGAUUAAGAACAAAAUGGACUUAAGGCGUCCCGGUCCAAAGAAAACUGCUGCUACUAGCCGAGACCAUACCAGAUAUUGUGAUUUUCAUCAAGAUCAUGGUCAUACAACAGAGCAGUGCAACAGUCUGAGGUUCGAGCUGGAAAGCCUAGCUCAGAAAGGAAUGUUGAAUGAGUACAUCCAGAGAGCCGAACAGCCAAGAUUUGUCAGAGAACAGGGGCAACAGCCUCAAGGACCCCGUAAUCCACCAAACAGGCAAGGAGUGGGAUAUCAACAAGCCCCACCUCCUCUUCCACCACCAGCCAGAAUUAUACACAUGAUUACAGGAGGAUUGGAAGCAGGGGGGAUGAGCUCCAAGCAAAGGAAGUUGUAUGUCAGAGAGGUCAAGCAUCAAAACCGAGCUCAGAAAUGGAAGUUUGACGACGAUGACUGGAAGAAUCAACCCAUUACUUUCACAUCUGCUGAUUUCGACACAGUUGUUACACCCCACAAUGACCUUUUGGUCACUUCUGUCAUAAUUAACAACUGUGAAGUACAACGUGUCCUUGUUGACACCGGGAGUGCACCAAACAUCAUGUAUUUCCAUUGUUUUGAGAGUCUUGAUUUGGAUCCAACAUUGCUGCAGAAAUAUGAUGGUCCCAUCUAUGGUUUCAACAACCAGCCGGUUCAGGUAGAAGGAGUUCUUACUCUCCAUGUUACUUUUGGGAGUGGUCGAACCUAUGUGACCCCUUCAGUCCGGUUUCUAGUGGUCAAAAUGGUGUCCUCUUUUAACGUUGUUAUUGGCCGACCUACACUGACUGAAAUCCGAGCUGUGGUUUCCCAAUCUCACCUUUGCAGGAAGUUCCUAACUCCUAUGGGAAUCGCAACACUACACGGCAACCAGGAAGUGGCUAGACAUUGCUAUAUCACCUCGGUCACACAACCUAAGAAGGGCAAAGAUCAGAUACCCAAGGCCGUCCCCCAACGGAUUCCUAAUAAUCAACAAGUCAUGGGGAUUGAAAUCCUUGAUAACCGACCUGAGACUGAGACCUGAGCUGCUCCGGGUGAAGAGGUUGAGGAGGUGUAGAUUGAUGAC